GUAGUCACUCUCCGCGCUGCUCCGGCCGGGGCUGCGUAGGGCUGGGACGGCUUCCUCUGGAGUUGGGGGGCCCUGCCAUGGGGAUGUAGCGGGCCGCGGAGCCAUGCGCGCCCCGGCGCUGCCCCGCACCUCGCUGGGGACGGUUAUCCUAACAUUUCUCUGCGUGUUGACAAAGGAAUCUGUAGAAAUUGCUCCAGUGCCAUAUACACUGCAAGUCCAUCGUGUAGCUCUGGAUGGAAGAGACCCCUCUAACCCCUUGAGGAGAGAAAAGAAGCAGAUGCAUUGUCAACUGGACCAAUACCUACAUCCUAGAAAGACCCACUGCUGCAUGAGGUGUCAUGCAGGUACCUACAAAGCAAGAGACUGUGAUCGGCCUGACCAGGCACCUGUCUGUCUUCCGUGUGCUAAUGGCACAUUCACAGCAGUUGAUAACAUCAUGUCUAAAUGCUUCCAGUGUACACGUUGCCGUACAGAACUCCAGCAGAUAGUAGAGGCCCCCUGCACCCCAAAGCAAGAUACUGUAUGUGGCUGUCAGAAGAAUCAAUAUCAGUUUGGUUCUGAAUCUGAUCUCUUCCAGUGUAGGAACUGCAGCUCAUGUGACAAUGGGAUUAUUGCCAGCUGUUCGAAGGACAGGAACACAAUUUGCAGGUGUAAGCCUCAGUUCUUCCUGUCACGUAGUAACAUUUGCAAGCCUUGCAACAGCUGUGCUGGAGAAGAAUGCUUGCAGUGUCAUAGCCCAGUGACUACCCCACCAACUUCAUCCGGGCUGAGUGGGACCCUUGUCCUUGGCAUCCUUGUUGCAAUAUUUGGAGUUAUCUCUAUCCUCUACAUUGUAAAUAAAGUAGGGAAGCUGCUCCGGGAAAAUAGGAUAAUGUCGCCUUUCUACUCCUGUGUUUCUUUGCCACAGACAACCAAGGAGCCAGUAUCAGAGGUUGAGGUAAAAAGAAAUGAAACUUCCAUCCUUCUUCCUGAGUCCCAGAAGGAAAUAGAAUUGCCAGUGAAUGCAACACCAUCUGCACCUCUGCCGCAAAGUUCACAUGAGUUACCAGACUGCGUCAGACCUGCGAGGAAGACGCAGCUUCCAGACAACCCUGCUAUUCUCUACACUGUGGUGGAUCAUGUACCGCCAUCUCGGUGGAAAGAGUUUGUGCGGCGUCUGGGUCUGAGUGACUAUGAUCUAGAGCGAAUUGAGCUGGACCAUCGGCGUUUACGAGAUGCUCAGUAUGAAAUGCUUAGACUGUGGAAACUGCAGAUGGGCCGUGCUGCAACUGUGGAGCACAUCAGCUCUGUUCUCAACCAGAUGGAGCUCAGUGGCUGCAGUGAUGCUAUUCAAGAGGCUUUGCUAAAUCAGAACUCUCCUCAACCUUGCAGCCUCCACAACCAUCUUUAAUCUAUUUCCGCUUUAGUUGCCUUUGCUAUGACUGUUAAGAGAGGAUCAUAACUCUCUUACUUUUUGCAUAUCUCCCCAUCUUCCUAACACUCGUCAGCUGGGUUUGUUGGAGACAGCAGCAGAUUAUGCUAGAGGAAGGCUGAGGUUUUCUUCUCAACCAGUCAACACCUUUAAGCCACGACAGACCCCUGCAACAACUCCUUUUCCAAGGAGGGAAAGCACCUCAUAAAGGAAGAGGUGUGUGGACUCUGACCAAGAUGAAAACAGGAGCUCCAAAUGACUUGAUAGAUCAGCUGCUCUAUGGAUAAGUUGUUGCUGAAAGAGGUGCUCCACACACCAUGUGGUGGGUAAACUUGUAGGGUAAUUUGGUUAGGUUACCCAUUCAGAUGCUAAAGCACUUACUCACUUCUUGCAGGUCUAUUUUUCUGCGAGAUUAACCAGUUGAAGUGGCUCACAUUGCAGCCUUUUGAUUGCUCAAUCUUACUCGGGAAGUGGCGGGG